UACCCGCAGUUUUCAAACUCCAUUGAAGAUCGUAGCGUUAACGAAUUGUUCUUUGCUAGAAUACAUCUAUUAAUGUUUGUAAUAAAUAUCCGAUAUAACUGUUUUGUGUAGAUUUGUUUACUAUGUAAUGGACAAAUUUUAAAAGAAAUUCUUUUCACAUUAUUAAUUUUGUGUUAAUUAACAUAGUAUUUGUUAGCGUCCGUUCUCGUGCAGAAAGACUACCGGUAUGCCGCCAAAACGACGUCGAAUUACAAAGGCAAAUAAAACUACAGAGACCAAAAAUGAAAAACAAAAUGAUGUGUCAAAAUCACAAGAAAUGUCUGGUAAAAAAUCUAAACGUGCAGGAAAUGAAUCUGAAGAGCCUGCACCAAAACGUGCUAAAACAGAGCCAAAGCAACCAAUGAAUAAAACAAGUACAAACUGGGAUGAAAUUGACUUUGAAUGCGAAAAAUUAAAUGCGAAAGGAAAUAAAUAUAAUUUAAAAGUUUCUAGUUGGAAUGUUUCUGGCAUAAGAGCAGUCAUUAAAAAAAGUGGAAUUGAUUAUAUUAUAAAAGAAGAUGCAGAUAUAGUUGCGCUACAAGAAACCAAAUGCGAUAAAGAUAAGUUACCAGAAGAAAUUAAAUUAAGCGGAUACCAUCGUUACUUUCUUGAUAGUAAAAAAUCUGGCUACUGUGGUAUUGCAUUAUAUUCAAAAGAGAAACCAAUUAAUGUAAAGUAUGGUCUAAAUGAUCCUGAGUUUGAUAUAGAAGGCAGGUUAAUUGUGGCAGAAUAUCCUAAGUUCUAUUUGGUUAAUGUUUAUGUUCCCAAUGCUGGCCAAAAAUUAGUAACAUUACCAAAAAGAUUAAAAUGGAAUGAGACUUUUAAAACAUAUAUAGAAGAAUUGGAUGAAAAGAAGCCUGUUAUUAUUUGUGGUGACAUGAAUGUGGCUCAUCAAGAGAUAGAUCUUACAAAUCCUAAGACAAAUACAAAAAAUGCUGGAUUUACUAAAGAAGAACGAGAAGGUAUGACAGAUUUCUUAACUGCAGGAUUUAUAGAUUCAUUUAGAGUUUUGUAUCCUGAAAGGACAGGUGCUUAUACCUUUUGGUCAUAUUUCGCUAAUGCACGUAAUAAAAACAUAGGAUGGAGAUUGGACUAUUUUUUGUUAUCGCAACGUAUGAAAGAUCAAGUUUGUGAUAAUGUUAUUAGAGACAAGGUAUAUGGCAGCGAUCAUUGUCCUAUCGUUCUUUACAUUAACAUAUAAGACAAAAAUUUUUGUACAAUUA